AACAGUAACUUCAGUCUGCCAAGGGAGUCAGGUAGCCUGUUGUUGUAGUUGCUAUAACAGGAGUACUCUCAACUCAAGCUCAUAUUUCUAGGCAUCGUAGUUUACAGGAUUGACCAGCCUUUGUCUGAUUUGAUUUGGAGGACUUUAUUUUGGAGAAAACCUGGCCAGAAAGUACUUCAUCAAUUGUUUUGUAUCCCAGCAACCUGUUCUCCCAACAACUUUUCUACAGGUGAUAAAACAUGAAUGAGACGUUCACAGAUGCAUAUGAUUAUGACAUCACAGAAAACGACAAUAAAGAUUAUCCAGAUGAUAACGAAUAUAUCUGUAACCUGAAUCCCAACCGUGGUAUGGAGAUAGUCAUACAGACCUACUUCCAUUCCUUCAUCUGUGCAUUCGGUUUCUGUGGCAAUGCAUUUGUGAUAGUCACAUAUGCCUUCUACAAGAAAGCCAAGACCAUGACGGACGUGUACCUUCUGAACGUGGCGGUGGCAGACCUGCUCUUCAUCGUGGCCCUACCUCUCAUAAUUUACAAUGAGCAGCAUGACUGGAGCAUGGGCUCAGUGGCCUGCAAGGCUUUGCGAGGAGCCUACAGCAUCAACCUGUACAGUGGCAUGCUCCUGCUGGCCUGCAUCAGUGGAGAUCGUUACAUCUCCAUCGUCCAGGCCAGGCGCUCCUUUGGCCUCCGGUCCAAGAACCUGAUCUAUAGCCGCCUAAUCUGUACAGCCAUCUGGGCUCUGGCCAUAGCCCUGUCCGUCCCCACAGUCAUCUACAAUGAGCGGGUUGAGGAGACCAUCUUGCUGGAAGGGACUAUAACCGUGUGUCAGGAGCAGUUCCAAAGUAACAGGACCGCCCGGCUGAUGAAGGUGCUGGUGCCUAGCCUGCAGGUGGCCAUGGGGUUCUUCCUGCCCCUCCUGGCCAUGGUCCUCUGCUAUGCCAGAAUCCUAUGGACCCUACUGAGGGCCCAAAGCACCCAGAGACACAAGGCGGUUCGUGUGGUACUAGCCGUGGUGUUGGUCUUCAUCGUGUGCCACCUGCCCUACAAUGUGGUGCUACUCUACCACACGGUGGCGCUGUUCCAGCAGAGGGAGUGUGAGGUAGAGAAGAUUAUCCUUACCACCCUCACCAUCACCAGGAGCAUGGCCUACCUCCACUGCUGCCUCAACCCCAUCCUGUAUGCCUUCAUCGGGGUCAAGUUCAGGAGCCACUUCAGGAAGAUCCUGGAGGACCUGUGGUGCAUGGGCAGGAAGUACAUCUACCCGUCUGGACGCUCCUCACGCAUGACCUCUGACCUCUAUAUCCCAGCACACAAGUCCACCGACGGAUCCAACAAAUCCAACAAGAAUGUCUCGUCGUUAACCAUGUGAACAUGGGAGUAGGUAGAGAUUGCCUCCAAUUACUAUGGGUGAUGAUAGCAUGGUUAGUCAGGAAAUCAAGUAGUGAUUUAUAUUCUGUGUACAGUGUGAGUAUGUUUGCUACUGUAUCUACAUAAUUUACCUAUAGUAUUUGCUGUAUUAAUCCAAUUGAAUGCUCAUUGCUACUCUAAUUACAGAUAAAAGCCGGGAAUUUUACCAGAGAAUUUUAGAACAUGGACACUGUCUCGUUGGCCUAACGUUAUAUCCUAUUUUGACUUUGGUGCAGGUCAUGUUGUUAUUCACGUUAACAUCUCUGGUAGAUACAUACUACAGUCUAUCAAAUAAAAUCUGUUAAUUUCUCACAUGAACAGGAUACAGAAG